AUGGGCGUCUUCGAUCCCAUUCGCGAUCGGAAUGACGAUGGCCGAGCCACCGGUCCUUUGACAGGCAUAGAGGAGUAUUUGGGUGCUCCUGACAAGUCUGCUCCAUCGACUACCACCCCCACCGAUCCCAACGCGAACACAGACACGACCGCCCCCGCCCAUUCGCGAGAGCCCGUCGGCAUUGAGGAAGAUGAAAAGCACAAUACGGAGAAUCCUGACCACGUCACAACGGAGGUCGGUCUUGGCCAACAGAGGGCUGAAGCUGCCGCUCUUGUUUGGAGUAAGCCGGCUGUGUUCGGCAUAUACGCCUGGAUCUGGAUAUGCUUCUUUAUGCUUGCAUUUCAUUCAUCGAUCAGCAGCAAUCUGAUAAACUUUGUCUACUCCGAUUUCAAGCUGGCGCCUCAAGUCUCGACCGCCUACAUCCUUUCCUCGGUCAUCAACGGCGUUCUCAAGCUGCCUCUUGCCAAGACAUUGCACCUUUGGGGUCGAGCGGAGGCUUUGCUGGUAUCUACGACAAUAUACAUUCUAGGAAUGAUUAUCCUGGCCGCGUGUAAUGGCCCGAGUGCAUUUGCUGCUGGAUAUGUGCUCUACUGGAUCGGAUACAGUUGUAUCUACCUGGUCCUAGAUAUCUUUGUGGCUGACACCUCCGGGUUGCGCUCGAGGGCAUUUGCGUUCGCAUUUGCAUCAACGCCAUUCAUAUGCACCGCGUUCACUGGCCCUUUGGCAGCUACGUCAAUCCGCUUACUCUGUGGAUGGCGUUGGGGCUAUGGAAUGUUUUGUAUCAUCCAACCUGCAGUCAUAUGCCCACUGGCUCUGGUGUUCAAGUUUUAUGAGUGGAAGGCUGUGAAGAUAGGAGUCUGGGAGCGUCAAUUAAGUGGAAGGACGAAGAUGCAAUCUAUCGUUCAUUAUUUCCACGAGUUUGAUGUCAUCGGCGCGUUUCUUCUCAUGGCAGCUUGGGUACUUAUACUUUUGCCAUUCGGCUUAGCACAAUACGGACGCUCCCAGUAUCACAGUGCUACCUUCAUUGCUCAAAUAACCGUGGGUGUCGUCAUGCUUUUCGUAUUCGCUGCCUGGGAAAAGUGGGGGACCCGAACCCACUUCAUCAAAUAUGAUCUGAUGAAACAGCCUACGAUCUUAGGUGCUUGCACCUGCUCUGCUGUCAUGUACUUCAGUUUUUACCUGUGGGAUCAAUACUUCUACAACUUCGUCCUAAUUACCUACCACUUGAACUCGACAAUGGCUGGCUACAUGAUGCAAAUCUACAAUGUCGGGUCAACAUUUUGGUCUCCGAUACUGGGAAUUGUUAUCUAUUUUACGCGCCGGUUCAAGUACAUAUGUCUCUUCUUCGGAGUGCCACUGAUGCUUCUUGGCUCUGGAUUGAUGAUCUACUUUCGUGGACAAGAUCAUGGCAUAGGAUACGUCAUCAUGAGCCAGAUCUUCAUUGCUUUUGGUGGUGGAACGCUGGUAAUUGGAGAGGAUAUGGCCGUCAUGGCCUGUGGCGGUCGUGAAGGAACCCCGCUGAUGCUGGCAUUGAUCGGCUUGUUCUCGAGCAUUGGUGGCUCCAUCGGCUACGCAGUCUCCGCUUCAAUCUACAACAAUGUGUUUGUAGAGGCGCUGGCGAGUCACUUACCGCCAGACCUCAAAGCCAAUGCCACCCAAAUCUACACCGCGGGCAUCGGAGUGCAGGAAACAUAUCCUGUUGGGUCUCCCCUUCGCGAUGCUUGUGUAUACGCUUGGGGGUAUGCCCAACGCAUGAAUUGCAUUGCAUCGACGUGUGUCCUUGUAUUGCUCGUUCCGGCCGUCGCGGUGUGGAAGAAUUACGACGUCGGCAAGAAGCAAAACAAGGGCACGAUGAUCUCUAACUGA